UGGAAGCUUAAAAAAGCUCCCAGUGAACCAUGCCAUCAGAUUUCUGACGACCACCCUUUUGCUCUCUCUCUCUCUCUCUCUCUCUCUCUCUCUCUCUCUCCGGCCAACCUCUGAGAGCAGGAUGAACAGCAAUACUAAAUAAUAUACAGACCAUUGAUCCUGUCCCAAUCUCCAUCACUUGCUGGUGGAGUGUUCACCGCCACCAUUUUAUGCCGCCUCCCUAUUCAUAGGCGCACAAAGCUUUUGCAGCAAUCUAGCUCCAAAAAGGGAGAGGGCGGUGGUAGAUAUUACUACAUAUAUACAGAUCGAAAUCAUAUUGCACAUAUCAGCCGAGAGGGAGAUAGAGAGAGAGAAAGCUAUUGAGAGAGAGAGAGAGAGAGAGAGAGAGAGAGAGAUAAUGAGAGGGAUGGGUGGAGAUAAUUAGGUCAUGUGUCUUUGCUCCUUCUUCUUUUUCUCUCUCCCCUCCAGUUUUCUCUUCCUCAAACCUCUCCUAGGGAUCUGAUCCAUCUCUCUCUUUCUCUUUCUCUCUCUGGUCGACGACCAAAAGACAGCAUUCUGAGUCCAGUCAGUUCCUGUGUUUCAGUUCAAUUCCCGAGGAAAAACUUUUUGCUCUUGCAUUUUUGUCUGGUAGCCAGUGGGGUUAAAAAGUUGCAAGGGAGAGUGAAAAGAAAGCGUCAAAAAGUCCCUUUAGUUACUGCUCUGUCUCCUUCACUGAUUUCUACACAAAAGGUUAAAAAUAUCGGAGCCAGAUCUGAGCAACAAGUUUCACUUUUGGGUACUGCUGUCCGGAGGAAUAUCGAAGGUUGGGAAUCUCAGGACAGGAAGAAAUAUGGAUACUUUUUCGCAUGUUCCUCCGGGCUUUAGAUUCCACCCCACGGAUGAAGAACUUGUCGAUUACUAUCUUAGGAAAAAAAUUGCUUCGAGAAGAAUCGAUCUAGACGUCAUUAAAGAUGUUGAUCUGUACAAGAUUGAGCCAUGGGAUCUCCAAGAGCUAUGCAAGAUUGGGACUGAGGAGCAGAAUGAGUGGUACUUCUUUAGCCAUAAAGAUAAGAAAUAUCCGACGGGAACGCGGACGAAUAGGGCUACCAAAGCAGGAUUUUGGAAGGCUACAGGAAGAGACAAGGCGAUUUACGCUAAACAUAGUUUGGUUGGGAUGAGAAAGACAUUGGUGUUUUAUAAAGGUCGAGCUCCAAAUGGACAGAAAUCAGACUGGAUAAUGCAUGAGUACAGGCUUGAAACAAAUGAAAAUGGCAGUGCUAAUCAGGAGGAAGGAUGGGUUGUUUGUAGGGUGUUCAUCAAGCGAAUCACCACAACGCGCAAAAUGGGGGAGCACGAUUCACCGUUUUGGUACGAUGAUCAAGUCUCCUUCAUGCCCGAGUUUGAUUCUCCGAGGCAGAUAUCCCACCCUUAUACUUCGCACCAUCAUCAGUACUAUUCUUGCAAAGAAGAGCUUGAACUGCAGCACAACAUGGCUCCUCAGAACCCUAAUUUCCUCCAGCUCCCUCAGCUGGAAAGUCCCAACAAUGGAUCCAUGAUGCAGUCCUCAACCCUAACACAAGAAGAACCCAUCAAGCAGCAAGGCAAUAUCCAGCAAAACAUAGACUCAAUGGAUCAAUUGACCGAUUGGAGAGUCCUUGACAAGUUUGUCGCGUCUCAGCUGAGCCACGAAGAUGCAUCGAAGGAGGAUAUCCAGAACUACUCCAACUCGGCUUCGUUCCAAGUGGCUGAACACAUGAACAUGGUGCUCAAUGGUUCGGAGAGGCAAGAUGAUGGUUCGGAAUAUGCAUCAAUGUCCACCCCAAUUUGCCCAAUUGAUCUCUGGAAGUGAAAAACGUAUCUUAUCCUAGUAUAUUGAACUUAUAUACUAAUGACAGGGCAAAUUCAGUCCAAAACGAAAAGAAAAGCAUAAUGCGGAUCCACUCGAUCUCUCCACAAGUUCUGUUUCCUUUAUCCCAAUGCACUAUCGUACAUUGAGAGUGCUUUUGAUAGAGGACACAUUUUGGAGACGGCGAAUUUCUUGUCUUUAUCCAGAUUGUUGUACAUAACGGAGCUAAAAUGGUAAUGACUUAGCAGGUGGAAUCUGCUACUCCUUGUAUUGAUAAAUACUACUAGUAGAUAGGCAGCUACUUAAACUUGAGAUGCCUAAUUACAAAACAUAUGUAAGCGUAAUGUUUGGCCGAGCGCCAUGGGAUUGACUUGUCGAUUGUUGGACGUAUUUUUUGUUUCAUGCUGCUGUUUACAUUGAAAGGGCUUUAUUGCCGAAAUCUUGCUCUAUUUAUUUUGAUAUCUGCAGCGUAAUAUUGUC